AAUAUGAAAUUCGUAAUUACUAAUUUACUUACAAAACACUUGCACAAAAUGCAACCCUGAAAAAAGAAAAAAAAGCACUUGAUUGCCAAUCAUUUGAGCCCACUUUCCUAAGCAGAAACCCAAGGCAAUGAGCGUAUGGAAUCCACUCUCACUCUCAUUCUGCAGUCUGCACUCGCUUUUAGUUCAACAUUCUUGUUGAGUCAACACUUCCCCCUUCCACUACUCUGGAUUUCUCUUCCCUCUAAUCAAGUCACUAUAAAAGAAGAUAGAUACCAUUCCGGAUUCAUUCAUUCCAGAUCGUAAAAUCCUACUCAACCUGCCUACCUACACAAACCCAUCAAUUGUUGCUUACUGAUCACGAAAAUGGAAACAUCAGCUCUUGUUUCUACGCACAAUCCCACACCGCAAAGCUCAUUGAUCUUCAGCACAACUCCAAAUUAAUCGUCUGUUUAAGCCCAUCAAUCAUGAUUUAUCAAAGUCCUUCAUUUGCACAGUAUUGCCCAAUGAAAGAAAUACGGAUUGAUCAAGCAAAACAGGAAUCAAGACAGGAAGCAUAGAGAGAAGAGAAAGACAUGAUGAUGACCUCAUUAAUCCACAUUCUCAUUACUAAGUCCACCAUUACGUCUUAAAACACCAAGUUGGAGCGGUUUAACAAACACUACAUCCCCUCUCUUAAUAUAUUGCAACAAAACGUACGCUUUAAUACUCAUCCCUCUCUUACCUCAUUAACCCCUCUACUUAAUUUUCUUCCAAUUAUCCACUGCCGAUCCAUGGGUAACUCCGCCCCCCACCGCCUCUCCGACGUCCACGCCACCGGAAAGGUCAUCUUGUCAGACGGUGCUGUUUUCACCUACGACAAGCCUCUGACUGUCGCUGAACUCAUGCUGGAGUACCCACAACAAGUGGUGGUGGAAUUUCAGCCUGUUGUGAAUGGGAAGAAGCCAACUCCAUUGCCCGCGGAUCAGAAGCUGGACAUGAAGAAGCUCUAUCUCAUGCUUCCGGUGAGGAAAGGCAAGCCAGCGGUAUUACCUUCCGAGGAAGCUAAAAAGCUUCUGGCGAGAACAAAUGCUAUGUUGAAAUCGAAAGCGCUGUUGUCUUACACAGGUUUUCUUCCUUUGUUCGUGAGGAUGUGUCCCGCGGCAGGAGGGAAGCACGACGCCGUUUUCAAGGAAACCAGAAAGUCUUUGCGUAAGAGGAAAGAAGAGGAGGAGGAGGAAGGGAGGAAAUCUGACUAUUUUUGGGAAAUAUUGGAGGGAAGGCCGGAGUUUUUGAGCAGGCAGAUAUCAGGGAAAGGGUGGAAGCCUAGUUUGGAUACCAUCAGGGAAAAGGCUGUCAAGGCAAAAGUUAGGCAUUGGAUGUUUUAAAGCAAAUCGUUCAUAGGCUGCCCAUCGUAUCCCCACUAAUGCACUAAAUCCCAUCAAAAUUUCAAAGUUAAAAGUGUAUUUGGGUAAGAAUACUACUAGCAUGGAGAAUACUUUAAGAAGUUCUCCUGUUGCAUCUUUUUUUAAUAAUUUUCAGACAAAAACAAAUCAGUCCUACGUGUUAAUAUUGUAAUGUGUCAAUGUUAUAUGAUUGAAGAUUAGGAGUAAGGCAUGUCGUUUUUUGUGCACAGCUCUUAUUGUAUGUUAUGUACGUAGUUGAAUUCAUUAAUAUGGCCGUGCAUGUGUUGAAGUUAUUAUGUCUGUA